AUGUGCAAUAAAUGGAUAUCCAAGGAUCAGUUGGAUUAUUACAAUCUGGAUGAGAUAGUAAGUGCCUUUCCAGAUCCCUUCUGCUCUAGAGAGGAUCAGGUAUAUUCCUGGUAUAAAUAGAAGAAUAUUCAUCUUCACUGAAAUUGCAAAUGCAAAAAGGAAUACUGCCAUUUGGUUCUUACUUUUAAGCAAUAGCGAUGCAAUCAUUGAAGCAUCUGAGCAUGUAGAUUGAGUGGACCCUUUUUGAGAUUAUAAAUAGACCGACUACCCACCAUUUGCCAGGAUUCAUGACUAAGCCUCUUUCAUAUAUUUUCACAACAACGAAGAUUUGUCAUACAUAGAUUACUAAGAAUAUCCAUUGAGCAAGUAGGAUAUUUUUCCCAAGUUCUGUGAAGUAAUAAAAAACUGUAAAAAUAUACACGUGUCCUGCUGGAUAUACUAAUGGCCCUGUUCCGCCUCUAAUUUUGAUGUAAUCCCUCUCGCCUCCAAGGAAGGUUUCUACCUGCUCCAUGUAUGCUACCCAGUCAAUUUCUGUGUAAGGAAUCUUGAUGAUGAUAAGUGCUCCAAGAGCAAUUUCGGCAAGGAUUAGAAAGUAAAUGAAUUUACUUUCAAUGAAAUCCAUGAUGGAUUUGAUCUUU